AUGGUAGACCCUAGUCCAAGCCGUCUCCACUCGCAGGCCCCUCAGAACAAAAUAGUACCGCAGCGAGGGUGUGAAAAUCUUAGGAGUCCCGACAUCACGCAAACGACGCAAUGCUCCACCCCCAAAGCCGACGGCGAGCCCGAAUGGGUAAUGAAAAGAGAGCCUAACACGAGACCAGUAACGCUUGACCAGCUUGUGAGCGAGAUCCGUGGGAUAUAUGCCGCCCUGGUGAAGGUAGAAGAUGAGUGUAUCGAGAGCGUGAGCAAGUUUAGCGAGAAACAAGGGUCUAUAAGCGACGAAGAGUGGAACGAGCUCCUGAUACUACACCAAACUGCUCUCUACGAGUUUUGCGACUUCUUCUUCGCUACCCGCCACCCAGUAGCAGCCAAGUCGGAAAAGUUAAAGAACGUUAUCACAAAAUACAGCAUGCCCGCGCGACUAUGGAGACACGCAAUCUAUAGGUUAUUAGAUCUUAUGCGAAAGCAUCUAUCAGAAUCUCAGGCGUAUAUCCAUCGGUUCAUCGGACUGGCUUUCAACAUGAUCACAGUCCUCUAUGAAAAUACCCAGGAUCUAAGCGACGUGUGGGCCGAGUGUCUAGGUGAUCUAGCGCGGUUUAGGAUGGCCAUAGAAUCAGACUUGACUGAAGACAGGGCGCUCUAUCUCGGGAUUGCUAAGUACUGGUACCGCAGGAGUAUCGACCUUGACCCAGGCGUCGGCCAGCGAUAUCAUCAUAUCUCUAUUCUCUCAAGACCAGCCCUAUUAGAGCAGCUAUUUAACUAUACCAAAAGUCUCUGUACCACGAAGCCAUUUGCGACAUCCAAGGAGACUAUCCUCUCUCUAUUCACUCAGGUAGACGAGAGGAGGACUGAAGGUUGCCCUCCGGUGGAGAUCACGCUAGUGAAGGUGCACAGGGCUAUCAUGCUCAAUUCCGAUGACAAGGUCUUUCACAAUGGCCUCGACCAACUGGUUUCGGAGCUUGGAGAAUUCCUUCUUGGCAAGGAUACUGUUGGUCCAACCGAAAAUGAGAAUUCCUUGAAACAGUUCCUGUAA